AACAAGAAAUAUUUUCAGAAAACAGUCGUCUCGGUUUCCGUUCUUACUGAUCGCUAUGCAGUUUAUAUUUUUUGGAACCCUAUUUUCUGGACUUUUAUUGGUAUGUGCAGUUACUAACGAUAUUGAAGACGCUAGUGGAGAGACACCUGGAAUUGUUUCUCAAAUUACUGAAGAGCAGCCCCAUCAGCGACAAAAACUCUACAAUUGGGACUACAAGGACCUCGGAACAAUUGCAUUCGAAGACAUUCCAUUCCCAACUCUUCAGCCGUCACAAACUAUUGACCAAUCGGAAAAUUGCCCGGAAGGUUGGAUCCGAUAUUCCGAUUCAUGCUACUGGGUGGAAACGGAGCUUCUUGGAUUCGCCAAAGCCGAAAGAAAGUGUUCUGAAAAGCAAUCGACACUGUUUGUGGCCAAUUCUAUCGAUGAGUGGGAGGCAAUUCGUGGUCAUUCAAAAGACUCGUUUUCUUCGUGGAUCGGUCUUGUUAGAUUUUCCCACUACGAGAGAUCCGAGCAAUUGCCACGUUGGCAGACCGAAGGAGCUGUCAAUCCGUCUAAGAUGUGUGUUUACUUUGCAAGUGUUCUUUUUCAAAGAAAAAAAUUCAGAAACUGGUUGAUCAAGCCGUAUAGUCCACUCGUCAAUGGAUGGUCACAACUUGCCAACUGUGCUGCCAGUUAUAAGUCCCCAGCCUCUUUGGAAACUGCUUCAUACACUUAUUUCUACCCAUGUACAUAUUUAUUCUAUUCGAUCUGUGAACGGAACUCGACCAUUGCUAAUUCAUUGCAUUAAAAAUGUAAAUAAUCUUACAUUACAAUUACCAUCUUGUCAUCAAAUCCAUCAAAAUCUCCUCUUCUCCCAUUACCUGUCAUCGACUGUACUUAUGAAUUAUGUAAUUCUCACUACUCCCUAAAGAUUCUCAUUUUGUACUUGUCUUAAACCAUAAAAACUGAGAAUUCCGAAGUAACUUGCAAUAUUUAUUUUUGCUCGCAUACCAUGUACGAACACCUAAAAGGCGGGCUUCACUUUGGACGAACGAAGUACUUAUGAUCAUUCUGUCUUGGGAACAUUGGAGCAAUAUUUCUAGAGAAGUUACAAUUCAAAGUUAAAAUCAUCAAAUCAUUUUGUCUCAUCUGACGACACUUCAAUAAUCCUCUUUCUUAUUGUCAUCUUAUAACACUUAUCAAUUUCCUAGUUUGCUUUCCAUUCAUUUCAGA